GGGGUAGUUUAGAAAUGCAAUAAUGGCGGCUAUAGUAAGGUGAAUAGCAUGAUCGAAUUUUAAGUAUAUCGCCAUCUGUAUGUACAUAAUAACAAGACACUCACUUUAUUUACAAGUCUUAGAAAAGCAAAAUGAUGCAGAAUGUUGCUCAGACUAAAGCAAACGAAAUACAAGAUGUUAGACGAGUGGAAAUAGACGAAAAUAGCCAGACACCAUCUUUAGAAAACCCAGGUCCAGGAGAGAUUAAUGAUCCCUCCUCAGUUUUUGUGGCAGAAACCUCGAGUGAGGAAGACGAGCCAUCGGAGGUUGAUUCGUUCACAUUAGAUGAAUCAGCUGACCUAGACGACGAUCAAAUCCUGGAACCAUCACAAUUUUUACUUCAAGCUGAAACGGGAGAUCCUGAAGCCCUACAAGCCGUGGAUCCGGAGACACAUGCACGUUUAGAAGCACUAUUAGAAGCUGCAGGAAUCAGCAAACUAUCAUCAAAAGACGGCAAAGCUUUAACUGAUCCCGAGGUACUACGUACUUUGACUUCUUCGGUUAGCAGUGCUUUAGAUGAAGCCGCUCAAGCAUUACAUCGUAUGAGACAAGAACACCAAGGACAAAUCUGUACCACUGCUGAUGGUACAAGAGCUAUAACAGAGGCAGGAGAGAAUGACGUUGGGGGAAUCCGUAGUAAAUUUGAUGCUGUAGCUUUUCCUGAACCUAUUGACGGUGAAGGAGAGGGUGAAAGUCUUCUCUCAUUGGCCUGUUCUGCUGGAUAUUACGAAUUAGCACAAGUUUUAUUGGCCAUGAAGGCGAAUGUUGAAGAUCGUGGUAUCAAGGGGGACUGUACUCCGUUGAUGGAAGCAGCCAGUGGUGGCCAUGCUGAUAUUGUUCGUCUAUUAAUUGCACAUAGUGCAGAUGUUAACGCUCAGUCUUCAGCAGGUAACACACCUCUGCAUUACGCAGCAUGUGGUGGGUAUGUAGAGGUUGUAAAGGAGUUAAUUAAGGCCUACUCCAAUGUGGAGGUACACAAUGAAAAUGGUCAUACACCUUUAAUGGAAGCAGCUAGUGCCGGACAUGUAGAAGUAGCUAAAACUCUGUUACUAGCUGGAGCUGGUAUAAAUACACAUUCUAAUGAAUUUAAAGAAAGUGCUCUGACUCUUGCUUGUUAUAAAGGUCAUUUGGACAUGGUAAAAUAUUUAUUAGAAGCUGGUGCCGAUCGUGAACAUAAAACAGAUGAAAUGCACACGGCACUGAUGGAAGCAUCAAUGGACGGACAUGUUGAAGUUGCUCGUCUACUUUUAGAUAAUGGAGCACAGGUUAAUAUGCCAGCUGAUAGUUUUGAGUCCCCAUUAACUCUUGCUGCUUGUGGCGGCCAUGUUGAAUUAGCGUGUUUGUUGUUAGAGCGUGGGGCGAAUAUUGAGGAGGUAAAUGACGAGGGUUAUACGCCCCUGAUGGAAGCAGCCCGGGAGGGACAUGAAGAUAUGGUUGCUUUAUUGUUAGCUCACGAUGCCGAUAUUAACGCCCAGACGGAAGAAACCCAGGAAACAGCCUUGACCUUGGCGUGUUGUGGAGGAUUUUUAGAAGUAGCAGAUUUUAUAAUAAAAGCUGGAGCUGAUAUAGAAUUAGGUUGUAGUACACCAUUAAUGGAGGCAUCACAAGAAGGGCAUCUUGAACUUGUUAAAUAUCUUCUUAAGUGCUUAGCUAAUGUCCACGCACAGACGGGAACUGGUGAUACAGCCUUGACCUAUGCCUGUGAGAAUGGCCAUACAGACGUAGCUGAAGUUUUGCUCGACGCCGAUGCUGAACUUGAACACGAGUCUGAGGGAGGAAGAACGCCAUUGAUGAAAGCUGCCAGAGCUGGCCAUUUAGCAACAGUACAAUUUCUUAUCUCAAAAGGUGCAGACUUGAACCGUGCCACGUCGACCAAUGAUCACACAGUGCUAUCUUUAGCAUGUGCGGGAGGUCACAUGACUGUCGUGGAACUGUUAUUAGGUCAAGUAGCCGAUCCUAAUCAUAGACUAAAGGAUGGAUCAACCAUGAUUAUAGAAGCAGCUAAAGGAGGCCAUACGAAUGUUGUAAAAUUAUUAUUAGAAUGGCCAAAUCGACAAUUAUCUAAUCUAUCUCCUGAUUCAACACAGUUAAAUGCUAUAGACCUAACGACAGAAGAGCCCCGAGUACCAUUACCCGGUCUGGUGAAUAUCGUACCUCCAAGUGAACCAGAUCCACAGAGUCUCAACCCAGCCAAUUAUACACCAAAUAUACAGGCCAAAACUGUGGAUCAGCUACGAACCAACUUGCAGAAAUGUGUCGCUAAGCGAAGUCUCAAUCCACAACCAGACAACAAAGUGAUAAAACAAAUAAAUAAUCCCGCUCAAAUAGGGGAAAUAACUCCUGUUACUGUCAAUCCUGAUAAAAAGGGCACCGAGCAAUAUCCAAACGAAAAAGCCACGGAAAAAGUGGAAGCAAUUAUUAAUACCAUUAUGGCCAAAGAGUUAAAUUCUGUUCCUGCUGCGUCAAAGGAGGAACAGAUACAACGAAAGCAGCAAAUUUUAGCCGAGUUACAGAAAGUUGAACGAGAACUGCACGAGAAAGCGCAACAACAGAGAGAACAACAACAGCAUCGCGAUCAGCAACAGCAACAACAAGUUAUAGCCAGGAUUCGUCAGGCGGCCAACGUGACAGCGGGUGUCCCUGAUUCUUCUACUCUCCUCACACCAACUUCUACCGAUAUCAACACUCUAGGGGUUCAAACAGACCUCCCUUUCUCCGAUUUGAUGUUACAAAAUCCCAAAUUACCCAAAUCUCUUCCCGAGCUACCUGUCGUUAGUCAGCCUGUGAUGUCAUACGGUGAUACGUACGUUCCACAACCUAUAUUUACAGCCAAUAGUAACGCUAAUUCUAAUAUAACGGAUACAAGGGCACCUGCUGCGGGGAAGAAUGCCCAGACUAAGAGGAAUGGUAACGUGAAAGCCCGUAGUAAGAGUAUUAUAGGUGUUAUACAACCACCCGUCACUCCCCCCAUAGCUGAUCAAAAUGGUGUUACCUCGUCAACCGAUCCUCCUACCUUGGUGAAUCCACCGUGUGUCAGUCAACAACAACUGUCAACAACAACAACAAUAGGGACUGUUGGGGUCGUCGAUCAAGUUCGUCAACAACCCCUUCAAGUUCAAAAUCCUCAAAACCUUCAAUUCCCUCAAUUUCAACUGACCCCUCAACAACAGGGUCAACUUCUACAACAUAUGUUAAACAACGGACUACAAUCGCAAAAUUUCUCUCCAGCGCUACCACAACAAGCCCUUCAAUUAUUACCACAGGCCCCCCUUCCCCAAUCUCCUCUCGUCACCUCCCAAGCUCUCUCCCAGGUACAACUUGCGCAAGCUCAGGCCUCCCUUGGUCACCAGAAUCAGCUAGUCCAAAAUACGGCAAUCAGUCAAUCGUUACAGUUGUCAGGGCAACCGACGAACAUCCUUAACCAGACGAUGUUAGUACAACAAGCGAGUACGUUACAGUUAGCUCAGCAGUCUUUACAGACGGUUGCGCCUACGCCCGUUUCCCAACAGUUCUUCACCCAGCAACAACAGCAGCAAUUCCUUCAUCAACAACAAGCUCUGCAACAGUUGCAGCAACAACAACCGCAACAAAUCCAGCCGCAACAAAUCCAGUUACAACAAGUUCACCAACAACUAGAACAGAUGAAACAACAACAACAACAACCGCAACAUCCACAACAACCCCAACAACCAGUAAACAACAAGCAGAUCUAUCGUAAACAGCAACUCCUCGUCCAACAGAAUCAGAAUGGACAAACCCUAGUUCAACAAUCCUCGUCUAUCCUGGGUGUCGAGGCUAUAACCCCUCCUCCUUCAACCCCUCUUACUCCAACUCCCUCCCCUGCAUCUCCCCACAGUCUACCCCCAUCAUCGUUGAUAGACGUGGAUGCACACACAGAGAGUAAUCAUGAUACAGCCUUGACCUUGGCUUGUGCUGGAGGUCACGCGGAACUGGUGACUCUUCUGUUAGCCAAGAAUGCAACCCUUGAACAUCGUGAUAAGAAAGGAUUUACACCACUGAUAUUAGCCGCUACAGCAGGACACGUUGAUGUUGUCGAGAUAUUAUUAGAUCAUAGAGCUGAUAUUGAGGCUCAGUCGGAGAGAACCAAAGAUACACCAUUAUCGUUAGCUUGUUCGGGUGGAAGAUAUGAGGUGGUCGAGUUAUUAUUAGCGAGAGGUGCAAACAAAGAACAUCGCAAUGUCUCCGAUUAUACUCCGUUAAGUCUGGCGGCUUCCGGCGGUUAUGUCAACAUCAUUAAACUUCUUCUCAAUCAUGGAGCAGAAAUCAACUCCAGGACUGGUUCUAAGUUAGGUAUUUCACCGUUAAUGUUAGCGGCCAUGAACGGCCAUCUUGCUGCUGUUAAAUUGUUAUUGGAUAUGGGUAGUGAUAUUAAUGCCCAGAUUGAAACAAAUCGUAAUACGGCCCUGACCUUGGCCUGUUUUCAAGGUCGUCAUGAAGUUGUUAGUUUGUUAGUGGAUAGAAAAGCCAACAUAGAACAUAGAGCUAAGACGGGAUUAACUCCAUUAAUGGAAGCAGCUUCUGGUGGUUAUGUAGAAGUUGGUCAAGUUUUGAUAGAUAAAGGGGCCGAUGUUAACGCACCCCCAGUACCGUCGUCAAGGGAUACAGCAUUAACCAUCGCUGCAGAUAAAGGACAUUAUAAAUUUGUUGAACUUCUUAUCAUCAAAAAUUGCCAAAUCGAGGUGAAGAAUAAGAAGGGAAAUUCCCCUCUGUGGUUAGCGUGUGCUGGUGGCCAUCUUGAUGUCGCUCAAUUACUGGUUCAGAAUUCAGCGAGUAUCGACAGUAUGGAUAAUCGUAAAGUUUCUUGUUUAAUGGCCAGUUUUCGUAAAGGCCACACAAAGAUUGUAAAAUGGUUGGUGAAGCUCGUUUCACAGUUCCCUUCUGAUCCUGAAUUACAGAAAUAUAUCGCAACUGUCUCUGAUAAGGAAUUGCAACAGAGAUGUGAACAGUGCAUGGAGGCGAUAAUUAGUGCUAAAAACUGGCAAGCUGAGGAAGCCAAUAAAAACGCCACGAUUCUUCUGGAAGAACUGGAUAAAGAGAGACAAGAAUUGGAGAAUAAGAAAGCUGUACAAGCCAAAAAACGGGAGAGAAAGAGAAUGAAGAAUAAAAAGAAGAAUAUAAAAGAUAUCAAUAAAAAGGAAGAUGAGUGUAAAUAUUCUUCACCUGAGCCGGACAGUUCAGAAUCAGCUCAUAAUGAGGUGGAGAAAAUUGAGCAAGAAAUUGUGAAAUUAAUAGUUCCUGUUGCCACGACAACAUCUACCAUAGGUACCACCUUACCUACCACCACUGAACCAACUGUAGCCCGUAACCGUAAAACUAGAGUAGCACCAACAUCCAGUCUCGAGGCGAGAAAAAAUCGUAAAAACCGUCGCGAAGAGCGAGAGAGACAGUUGGAGAAACGUAACGCGAUACCGAAAACAUCAUGCAACUGGAAGUCUGUGGCUACAACAACUUUAACGAUAACAACAACAGCUAAUGUGAUAACGACUGUGAGUAUGGGAGCUGUGACGUCGACGACCACAUCGUCCAGUAGUAGCGGGGGACGCGUCAAGAAAAAUGACCUUGUAUAUCGGUCCAACCAUAACACAGGUAUUGGUGAUUUAGAUGAUUUCGGUACAAUCCCUCCAAGUAUGAAACUGCCAGAUAAAGAAAUUCAAAAACUUACUAAAAAACUGGACAAGAUCAAAAUCAACAAUGUCACUGAUAAAACAGCCACUGCUGGUUCCCAUAACAACCUGGGAUCAAAGGUCAACCAGUCAACUAGUCCCAAAAAAGGUCAGAAAAAAGAAGAAGGUUGGAAGGAAGUAGUUAGAAAAAUGCCGUGUGUUUCUAGAUUAAAGAAAGUAUCUGUUCCAGCAAAUGCUAUAAGUCGUGUGAUUGGUCGUGGUGGAUGUAAUAUUAACGCUAUACGAGAUGUAUCAGGGGCUCAUGUAGAAGUAGAGAAACAGAAAGGAAUGGGAGAACGAUCCAUCACUAUCAAAGGUUCGUUAGAGGCGACACGACAAGCCCAUGCAUUGAUAACAGCAUUGGUACAAGAUCCAGAGAAGGAAUUGGCCGAGAUCAUCGGAGAAACGAAAGCGGAGUUGAAGGCUGACAAACCUCCAGUCAUUGACACAUUCUCAGCUGAUAUGCCGAUUGGAACUUUUAACGCUGCAUCUGUUAGUCAUAACUCGGCCAAUAGCAAUGCGCCUGUCAAAUCAUCAGGAACAAGAAGUAACGAGGCCCGUCAGGGUAUGGGAACGCCAACUCAUGCAAAAGUCAACUCACAACCUCCCAUGUCUGUAUCUAUGUGGCAAGAUCCUAACCCAACUCCGUUAGCAUCACCAAGAAAAAGUCCCCAAAAACUCUUCAUGAAUCCGCCACCAUCCAGCGGACCCAUGGGGUACGAUAAAAACGGAAUUCAGAUUUACUCAGAGAGACAUCAAACGCCUGUAGUUACUGUUUCCACGACAACCGUUUCCCAUAACAACAAUCAAGGUAUAAAGGUCAUGGUUACCACGACAUCAACAAUUACAGGUCAACGGGUGGACAACCGACCCCAGAUGUCUGGAAAGAUGCCAAAUAAAACCCAGCCGACACCGGGACCUAUACGUCUGUUACAAAGACCCGGAACGACAACCAAGUCGGAACAUCAACCGUUACCAAUAGUAACCUCUCAUGCUAGUCAUGCUGUAACGUCUAGUCAGCAGCAUGCUCCCCCUGUUUCCCCAGCAACCACUCCAGGAGAAUACUCCCCCUUCAACACCUUUAUUAGCAAUGUUUUCAUGAAGAAAGAAGAAGAUAAGAUGAAUUUCGCGAGCGUUGCGAAAGCGGGCGUCGUGUCCACUUCCACAAAUAUGAUAAACAACUCUCACCCAUCGGGUCCGAUACCCAAUGAUCAUAUGAUGGAUCCAGCCCUACAGGCUAAAGCACCAGGCUACAAACUCGGACGAACGGCAUCACCUCAAUUCAGACAAGAACAGGAGCUUCAAGUCCCAACAAUAAGGAAUUUUCACAUCCCUAUAAAUAACAUGAAUCCGAUGACCGAGCAUGAUUUCAGUCGAGCUCCUGGAUAUCCCAGCAUGAUUUCUCCGCGAUCAAAUAACUCGACUCCCAGCGGUCUGUCUCCCCGUAACCAUGGACCCAUGGAGAUGAAUCAACAGUCGCUAGCCGCGUUGUCCACUAGUCAAAAAGCUGAAUACAGUACUCCAAACCAACCAAUGACCCUUCCGGAAAUCAAAAGCACAUUAAAUCCGAAUGCUCCCGACUUCCACCUGGCGGGAAAUCAAAACUCACCCAUCAUGGAGAACAUGGGUAUGGGUAUUCCACCCAAUUUACAGAGAUCUCCACGAGUUCCCCCCAUGCACGGAAAUCCCACGCCUACUGUACAGCAAUCGUUACUACUAUUAAACGCCAACAACUUGAACAUGCUGAGUCAAAAAGCUGACAUCGCCUCCAUUAUUCAGCAGCUUGCAUCCCAUAAUAUGAAUCCAGGUAGCGGGGCGUUUAAUCCUCCUCCACCUGUACAACAGAUACAGCGAGCUCUUUCUCCCAUGAUGCCACAGCUUGGUAGACCGAACAGCGCACCUUCUAUAGGUACUAUACAAGAGAGACCCGCCCCAGUAAAUGAAGUAAAACCCUCAUUAGAAGAUCGGCGGGUACCUCGACCAAUCGGAGUAGAGCGAGCACAUCGUAAAGCUCCAGGUCGAUCAUCUCUAGAAUUUGCUGCUGGACGAGAUUUUGGGAAACUGUGGGAGAUGAAUCAAGAAGUGAAUCAUGAUUGGGUGCCAUCAACAACGCAUUUAAUGACGGCUGCCUCAAUGUCGUCGUCUGUCAUGACAUCAUCAGUGAUAACGGGUGGUAAUAUGGUAUAUAAUUUAAACUCUUUACCAGGAGGAGGACCUCCAACUAACGAUACACCUCAUGAAAGAACAUCUUAUCAUGAAAAUAUACCACAGCUUGAUCCAAACUUACCUCAGACGGCAAGUAUGGUGACGAUGUUUGCGAAUGGCGGUGUACCGGGCCAUUAUCCUCCCAAUCAACACAUGAUGGCACCACGUAUGUCUGGAGAUAAUUUACCCAAUCUCUGGAACUCGGGUAUUAAACAACCAACACAAGAUUCCAUAGAAAAUGGGACCUGGGCGUGGAGUCAGCAGGGAAACAUGUAAUACGAUUCUUUCACAAACCAUUUUACUUUUCUUUUUUUCGAAAUGAAAGCGAUAUUUUUUUUGGUUUUUCUCUUACCAAUAAUUUUGAUGUAGUAAGGUUGCUAUGGUGAUGUUGGAAGGGGUUGCUAUGGUGAUGUUGGAAGGGGUUGAUAUAUAUAAUUAUAUAUAUAUAUAUAUAUAUAGGGGGUUAAUUUGUGUUGAAUAUUCUGAUUAACCCCUAUUCGUGCUAUUAUUAUUAUUAUUAUUAAUAUUAUGGUUAACACUUAAAGGAUGUAUCGACUGAUCGUCUAUAUUGUGUAUUUGUGCCCACGUUCUUCUCUCAAAAUAGCUUUUUUUCUUUGAUAAUAGAAAGAAAGAAUGUUUCAAAAAAAAUGUAUGAAUAAAAAAUACUUCUGAUUGAAGCUAUGAAAAAUGUU